UCUCGGUGUGCUGCUACCUUUCAACCCAAUACUCCAACCUUUAGCGACAUACUUGUCAAAACCAGCACCCACAGAAGUGUGGUUAAGAUGUACAGGAGGGGAGGAGAAGUAGGAGGAGAAUAAACAGGUUUAACUUUGAGAGGAGGUUGAACCGCACACGGCCUUUAAAGAGCGGAGCGCGCUUCUCGGAUGUCUGCCGUGAGUCAGUGGAGUUCACUGAACCGUCGCGAGGAGACGUUUCCGCCCACAAGCAAGAUGGCGGCUCCCUUGCUGGCGAAUCUGUCGGAGUCCUUAGGUUCCCCGGAGCCAGCGGUUCGACUACUUCUAUCUAUUUUAAUCGGCUAUCCCUGUGCUCUGGUGUACAGGCGUUUCUUGUUCUACCAGCCUGCCACAGUUAUACACCUGUUCCACACUUUCUCUGGACUGGCUCUAGCAGCAUUCAACUUUGGCUCUCAGAUCUAUCACUCUGCAGUAUGCAUCAUUGUCCAAUUCCUGAUGCUGAGGCUUAUGGGAAGGACGGUAACAACUGUCCUGAGCAGCUUUACCUUUCAAAUGGUUUACCUGCUGGCAGGGUAUUACUACACAGCGACAGAGGAGUAUGACAUCAAGUGGACCAUGCCUCAUUGUGUCCUCACACUCAAACUUGUUGGUUUGUCAUUUGAUUACUAUGACGGCGGGAAGGAACCAUCUCAGCUGAAUUCAGAUCAGAGGAUUGCAGCCCUGCCGUCUGUGCCCUCCCUGCUGGAGGUGUGCGGCUUUUCCUACUUCUAUGGAGGCUUCCUGGUGGGGCCCCAGUUUACAAUGCGCAGCUACCAGAAGUUGGUGGCAGGGCAGCUCAGCGACUGCCCUGGAAAGCCUCCCAACAGUUUUAUACCGGCUAUGAAGAGGUUUGCUCUGGGUUUUCUCUGCCUGGUGAUAUAUGCAAUAUUCAGUCCCUAUUACUCCGACAGCUACUUCUUAACAGAUGAGUAUGAUGCUCAGCCCUUCUGGUAUCGAUGUGUGUUUAUUCUGCUUUGGGCUAAAGUCACCUUGUAUAAAUAUGUCAGCUGUUGGGUCAUAGCGGAAGGUGUUUGUAUAUUAUCUGGAUUGGGCUACAAUGGUGUGGUGGAUGGUGAGCACCGGUGGGACGCCUGUGCCAAUAUGAAGGUGUGGGUCUUUGAAACCACGCCACUUUUCGGAGGAACCAUCUCCUCCUUCAACAUCAACACUAACGCCUGGGCUGCCAGACACGUCUUCAAACGGUUGAGGUUCCUGGGCAAUAAGUUGCUGUCUCAUGUGACGACACUCCUCUUUCUGACUUUUUGGCAUGGUCUUCACUCCGGAUACAUCCUCUGCUUCUCCAUGGAGCUCUUUAUCAUCACUGUAGAGAGACAGGCCCUGGCUCUUGUGAGGGACAGUCCCUUGCUGAACAAGCUGGCAAACAGCGCACUCUACCCCCUCAUCUAUGUAGUCCAGCAGUUCCUCCACUGGCUCUUCAUGGGCUACCCCCUUGUGCCAUUCUGCCUCUUCACAUAUGACAAAUGGUUCAAGGUGUAUUCGUCCAUCUAUUUCUGUGGUCACGUUUUCUUCCUCGUUGCCUUUUUAAUCAUACCAUACAUCCGUAAGGCACUGGUGCCUAAGAAAGAACUGAGCCAGACAAAGCAGGAUUAAAACGUGGUACUAAAACUUGACAUGGUCCGUCUAAGGCUAAAUAUUCAGUGAAGGGAACUGUGACUUUCAAGGAGCAGAAUGGAAAAUAUUUUAAGGCCUUUAGUAAUAUAUAUGUCCAUGUAAAAAUAAAUUUCUAUAUAUUUUUGUGUUUUAAA